AUGCCUUUCUUAGUAGCUCGUAGGUUCAGUACCCGCUGCAACCCUGUAUUGCCUCUGUCUCUAGCACUAGGGCACUUAUCGUUGACAAUAAGAAACGUUUCCAAGAUCCCUGACUACAUUCUUCCCGGCCCCCAUCCCGACACAUUUCCCCUGCACUGCUCUGAUAUAAUCCCGUCCGUUCCCUCCGUUUUAGCCCAAGGUGCUGGGCUAGACCCGGCUUUCAGCUCCUUAUCCAAGCAGCAAAACCCUGCAGCAUCCCGAACACCUUCUUUCCCUUUCCCUAGCGGCUGCAGAAAGGAGGGGAAGGAGCGGAGCCGGGAGCUCAGAGGCUCCCCUAGGCCGGGUCAACCCGCACACAUGUGGAGCCCCGAGCACCCGCGGGCGGCCCGGCCCGCCGUGCGGCCUGCGCCGGACCCAAAGCCCCCCGGCCGGGCCGCCCCCCUGCACCGCGGCAGCCCCGCUCCCCUCCGGCCGGGCCGCCCCGACUCCGUCCCUCCCCGCCGCGGCUGCAGGCAGCGCCAGGGAGGGGGAGCUCCGGCCGGCCCCCGCGGGGCGGAGGUCACCCUCCUUCCCCCGCCCUCCGCCCAUGGGCGCCGGCUCCGUCCAGCCGCCGCCGCUCCGGCCCCCGCGCAGGAGGAGGCGGCGGGGCGCGUCUCCCGGCGGUGGCUGCUGCCGCCUCGCCGCUCGCCAGCCGCCCGGGCCCCGCGGCGGAAGCGCAUGGAGACAACGGCCGCCGCGCUGUGCCGGGUUCUUUUCUUCCAUCUUCCUCUCAUCUCUGGAAGCUCCAUCCAUAUUGGAACAGGCAGCAAUAAUUCCCAUCUCUAUGAACAGAGCAUCCUGCCCUGUAAAAAAGAAGAACUACAGUGUGGUGACGGGCUCUGCCUCUUAAACUGGCUGCGCUGCCACUACAAGAAGGACUGUGGCAGAGACUACAUGUCCAUCAAACUAACAUGCUCAAAAAUUCACUUGAACCAUAGCAGCCCAACCAGUGAAUUCCCCAGCUACAGUGAAAACGGAAAUGAUACCAGUUUACUUGUUUCACCUCUUCUGGUGGCUGGAGUAGUGAUUGGCCUUGUGCUAUUUCUAUCCUGUGUUACAAUCAUUGUUGGCAGUCUGCGAAAGGAUGGACGAUUAGGACACCCAGAUCUGCGGAGAGAUGCUGUUUAUGCUCUAGAUGGCUUCUCUUAUGGUGGCUCUUUUGGAGAGCUGAGAUCCACCUGCUUGGAGGAGUUUCCCCCAGCUUUUGAUUUUGAUUCCUAUCUGGAUACACUUUCUCAGGUCAACAUCAUGUAUCCUGAUGCACCUCCACGCUACGAUGAAUGCAUGGGGCCAGGAGCAACACAAGUAUAUAUUCCCACAGAUGAUCCCCCUCCAUAUUCUCUUACGGACCCAUGUCAAAGAAAUGAAAUAUCUAUCAACAUUAGCCUGGAAGAGGAAGCAGCAUCUGGGACUACAGGAGAGGCUGCAAAUUAUGCAGUCAGGCUGCAGGACUUGCAGCAGCCUAUUUCAUCCAUCUCUUUGUCGUCUCUCACUCUGGAGGCUGCACCCCUGUAUGAGACAGUGGUGUGUGAACAGAAUAUACCCAUCCCACUUGUACCAAUGGAAGUACUGAAAAAUUCUUCCACUGACUAUCAGACUCUUCUGAACCAAAUCAUGUGAAUAAAAGCAGCUCUUUCCUUCAAUUCUUCUGAAGAACUAAGACCAACAAAAACAUUUAAAUAGAAGAAUAAAACCUCUGAAAGUUUUAUUUAUUUUAUAUCUUUAAACAGGGAUGAAAUAGAAUUUCUUUUUUAUAGUGAAUUUUGAAAAUUUACCUAAACUUCCCUCUUUGUGCUUCAAAGCAUUCCAUGACAUCACACAGCAUAAAAGAGCAGCAGUGACAAGCAGUGCAUCUGACUUUUUUGAAGCAUUUCAAAGCACACUGAGAUCAGCCACUCUUAAUGUAGAUACAUGGUAUCCAGUCAAGCCUACUUGUUGAUUUUAUGAUACUUUGCAUGUUUUAAAGAAGAAGGGAAAAGAGCAUUUUGCUGUCUUUGUACAUUUCAUUCAGUGUCUCAACAACAAAGCAUUUUUAAAUCUUUGCUUAGUGUAUUUCAGUAGACAGAGUAGAACACUGCCUGCAAAACAUGGCUAUCAGUACCAUAUAGGAGCAAAAGAAAAAGGAGAAUAAUAUUUUGAUAGCUACAUUUUUCCUUUGGAAAGCCUGGUACUGGCCAAGUUUUCCAGACCAUUGCAAAGCCUGGUCUAAGCCUUCUUCAAAAUAAACCAGUGGCAAGUGAUGGAGAGGUGGCAGUGGAUCCCCAAGACCAAUUGGCUUUGCCUAUGGAAGCUGUACAACAGCUGUGUGCAAGCCUGGGAGCUGCGAGCCCUUACAGGGACCUGCUCUAGCCAAGGGAAAGGCAGCGUCUGGACCCCCAGAAGAUACUUCAUGCCAAUUCCCAUACAUGACUGCAUUUUCAGGCACUAACAAAUCUCCUUCUCCAGUAAGGAGCCUGUAGUGUUACAAAAGACCUUGAGCUCUAGUAAUUGCAUGAGUGUGAUGUAAAUAAUAGAUGCUGGACUUGGCAUGCACAGUAACAGAGAACCCCACUUUGUGCAGAAACCUCUUUUAUCAGAUGUGAUCCUUUUCACUGAGGUUUUGCUACCCACAAAUCUAGCCUUUGUUCACAGACCUGGACUUUUCACACAUGCAUAUGAUAAAUGCAUACAAGGUGGAGAUGCACGCUAGCAGGAACAGCAGAGGUGAACUGCAGAUGAGAGAGUUUAAUCUUGCAUGGUACAGAACCACACUGUCUCCUUAAGGGCUAAUCUACAUCUUCAACCACUACUAGUUAGCAAAGUUAUCAGAGGCUCACUUCCACUAAAUCU